AUGUACCGCGAAGUACCAACCCAAGCAACAGCUAUCGAUACCGCCUCGACCACGGCUGUGCUGUCAUCAGCGCCAGAAGAGCCGAGCGCGCCUACGCUUAACGAAGAGACGAUCUCCGCCCGUUCCGCUGCUCAAGCUGCAGAAGACACACUAUCGGAUGAGGAGUUGAGGGAUCUUCGGCCGCUUCGUCAGCAAUCGACACGUCUUCUCUGCAUCAACGAAGACUUUCGCUUUAAAACUCUAGUCGGCUUGUACUGCGCUCUCAAGUGGAGGAAUCCGGCUCAAUCAUCAUCCCGGACCCGCCUUCCCGAGAGCCAGCUGAUCGAUAUGGCGCGCUAUGCAGAAUUCGACAUUCUUCGAGGCAUAGAUCGAAGGAUUGUAAGGAGGCAAAUGGCUUCAGCCCCAUCGCUCAUACUCAACGAGUACUCAACAGGUCGACAGGAGAUGUGGCACAACUACAUGUAUAGCAGCAACUUCUCCACGCUGAUCCAUAGAUAUCAGAAGUCGGUGCGUGAUAUCUUGAGGCAGCGUAGACGAGUCACCCGGUCGCGGUCUCCUCAGCAAAUGGUAGCUUUCGUCACCGUUCCUCGUGGCCGUUCUGGAUACCGCUAUCGAUCGGCGUCAAGGUCUUCGAGCGCUGACCAUGGCGGCAAUGCACCGGUGACUGGUUUGGAUCAGGGCGUGAACCAGCCGGCGACAAGUAACAGCGACUUCUCUUUCCCGAGAGCUCCUACACGGGUUUCCUUCUCGAUGGCACCUGGUUCGCUCGUGGCGUAUAGCGAUAUGCUUAUGGAGGCUGAUUUGGCCCUCCUCAGAGAGCCCACGUCGGCCAAGCCAUACAAUAUCAAGCUCGCCAAUGAACUUCGCGGCGGUACCCUCGUCGAGUUCUACGACAAGCUCGUGGAGGCCAACAGCUUGGUAUCUCGCCUCAAGCACGACGAAGACCUUCAGCAUGCGCUUACUGAAGUCUACCAAAGAACGGGCAUAGCGCCGUUCUGGACCGAUUACCUACCGCUUGAUACUCAGGAGCUGAUGAGGCUAACGAAGCAAAUCGAAGACGAUGCUUUUCGCCGCCUGCUAAUGGACGUGCGAAGUGGGAAAGCCGAGGUUUCCCACGAAAAUGCGUACAUUCGAUUGACGGCGAGGUACCGUCCGGGAACAGAUGCUAUGGGUCUUAUGGAGUUUGCAGGCAAGGCUGCGAAGUUUCUCGACCGGACGGAGACGUAG